AUGGGAGACGGCGAAAGUGGUCCUUCCAAAGUCGAUCUUCAAAAUGCGAUGCGCAAGUUGCGGAGUCUCCCAGCAAAUAAAGGCUGCUUUGAUUGUGGCGCUCGGAAUCCGACAUGGUCUUCGGUAACAUAUGGAGUCUUUCUUUGUAUUGAUUGUUCGGCUGUUCACCGCAACCUCGGAGUUCAUAUCACUUUUGUGAGAAGCACUAAUCUCGAUUUGUGCUGGACGUGGGUUCAAUUACGACAUAUGCAAGUUGGCGGCAACGCAAGCGCAACCCAGUUCUUUGCACAACAUGGAUGCAACACAAAUGAUGCCCAAAUCAAAUACAAAAGCCGUGCAGCUCAACUAUAUCGGGACAAGCUGGCUCAAUUGGCGGCAAACGCUCAACGGAUCAACGGAAACAAACUCUACAUCGAAACUGCUGGAGCGAGCACCCAUGAAGAAGAGAAAAAGGAAGAUGACGAAGAUUUCUUCGCAAAGGAUCAUUCAUUUGAGUCAGCUCCUACGAUAGCUCCACCAACAGUGCACACUUCCAAUUCGACCAACUCUUUGGGGUCUGAUGCUUUCAUAGUCGAUGAUGCACAUGGACCUCGAGUCGACCAUAUUGAUUCUACAGCGACUCCCACGCAUGCACCUGAAGUGAAGUCGGUGUUGUUAAAGAAGCCAAUAAAAAAAGUUGGCGCUGGUGCUAAGAAGGGAGGAUUGGGUGCUCAAAAGGUUCGGAUUAACUUUGACGAGCUUGAACAGAAAGCCGCUGAAGCUGAUAAAGCUGCACUUGAAGCUGCUGCUUCUGUAAAAUUGGCCUACAAAGAAGACGAAAAAGCCGAUGACAAACCUGUGAAAGAAAUCUCGGCUCGACUUGCAAUGCAAAACAUUGAUGAACAACGUAAAAGAAAUGAGGCCAAAGCAAAGGAUGAUCCCAGUAAGGCAGCCGCUAUCGAUCGACUUGGGAUGGGCGGAAUAGGCGGUGGAGGCGGACGAGCAAGGGGAAUCCACUCACUCACUGCUGGAAUUCGUACAAUUCAACAAAAUGAAUUUUCAUCCUCUCGUGCUUCGGUUUCACAACCAAAAGAUGACGAUUGGGAGGUGGUCAACAACGAUUUUUCAAAGGAAGAGACUGAUAGUGGUAGCAAGGGAAAGGAUGACGAUCUGUGGACCACCGAUUUCUCCAAGAAGAAAAGCAGCAACGAUGAAUUCUUUGACUCGUAUGAAACCAAAAGCAAGCCUUCCUCGACGUCUACCGCGAUCAACUAUAGCACUGGCUAUACGAACCGCAAUAACACUGGACCAAAAAUGGAGCAAGCAGCUGAUGUUGAUUUGUCGAAGAAAUUUGCCAAUGCUAAAUCAAUCUCAUCGGACAUGUACUUCAGGACCAAUGAAAUGGAUUUUGAAACAAAAGCGGCGCUUGGUCGCUUUGAGGGGCAAAAUGCUAUUGGAUCAGCUGAUUUGUGGGGUGGCGGAAACAAGCCGGCACCAAGUCAGAUGCCCGAUCUUGGCGACAUCAAGGACAGUAUGCGCGCCGGAGCAAGCAAAGUUGCAGAGAAAAUAGGCACUAUCGGCAGCGCUUUUAGCAACUAUAUUGGGCGAUCACCAGCUCCAAAAUCU